AUGAGUCAUAAUAAAUAUAAUUCAGGGCGCCUCUACAGCUCCAUUCUUGGUUUUUGCAACAAGCAGCAUGUCGGAAAUCGAUUCGUGAUGCAGUUGGCGUUACCGCUCAUUUUUGGGCUUUUUGGUUGGCUAGAAGCUAGGAUUUCUUGUAAGGGACUCGACGGCCAGAAUGUUGAUUGGUUCGUCGCCUACAAACUCCCUCAAGGUGUAAAUGGUUCGGAUGGCCGGUCCUUCAUUUAUGCUGACGGCAAAAACUCGCAAUGGACCCAAUCUAAAAAACUAAUCUCUGAUGAAAAUUCUGCCAUAGCAGCCACAAUUUCCCAAAUAUAUCGCCAAGACGAGUCCGCCUUCCGCUUCGCUUACUCCGACGAUGGGCCAGCCACUAAAUCAGAUGGCUACAGGGGCCAUGCCAAGGGUGUGCUCAACUUUGAUUCAUCGACCGGAUUUUGGUUAUUACAUUCUGUUCCCAAUUACCCUCCAAUUGGAUCGUAUUCCUACCCACAAACUGGCGUAAAAUUUGCCCAAUCCUUCGUCUGCAUCACCGCUGCCACCGAUGCCCUAAAUGAAAUCGGCGACCAUUUGCGAUAUAUUCAAUCGAACCCGUUUAAUAUUGGACUACCAGAGAAAUUUGCGGCAAAGUAUCCUAUCCUUCGUACCAUCGCCCAGAAAAAGUCACUACCAACCUCCACUGUAAAAUACACACUAAACAACCAGCUCACGACGGUCAACGGAGCCAAAUUCUUUGCUUUUGCCAAGCAUAAGAAAUUUGAUAAAGAUCUGUGGCACGAUCUUAUUGUGCCAACUACACGAGCUUCUUUUGGCGUUCAAAGCUGGCUAAAUGGAGGGUCGGAUGAUUUGGGAUCAACUUGUACCUCGGAGGGAAAUGUCUAUGACAUUGACGAGAUCAAUUUGCUGGGCACCAAAUUCUCGUCGAGCAAGGACCACUCAAAAUGGGCGGUGAGUGAUGAUGUUCGGGUGCCGAUGGUCUGCAUUGGGGACUUGAACCGACAACGACCAACGACUCUGGCAGACCUACCGGAGUACCGUAUCCCACGUGGCGCCGUGCCAGACGAAAGGGAUCUCACGAGGGUAGCUGCAGAAAGA